GCAGCACCUGCUUUGCCCGCAGCACUGUCUAUUGGCGAAAUAGGCAUUGCAAACCAUGACAGAGCAGGAGGACUUAGGGGAGGACGCCCGGAUAAGCGACGUGAGCGAAAUAGAACCGCGCCGGCUGCGUUACUCGGAAGAGGUGUUGCCGCUCCACUGGUCAGAUGCGGUGCAGCCAGGCAAAUGUGUUCGGCCGCUGAAGGUGUAUGCCAGAAUCAAGCCGGCACUGGGUGCUGCGGCAGCUCCUGAGGGGGGUGCUGGAAUCAGUGCUGGGGCAGCAGCUGCGGGCGAGGGGCCGCAGCAGCUCCUCCAGACCACUUCCACAGAGAUCAGCCAGGUGCUGCGUUGCGGCGGCAACAGCAUGGCCUACUCGUUCACACGGGUAUUCGAGGGCUCGGACCAGGAGGAAUUCUACGGCACAGCAAUUGAGCCGCUGCUGGAGGAGCUGGUGGGUCUGCGGACCGGCAGCAGCGUCUUCAUGGCGUACGGCGCAAGUGGCACCGGCAAGAGCUACACGAUGCAGGGCACGGCCGCGCAGCCGGGCAUGAUCCCGCGCACCCUCAGCCGCCUCUAUCAGCUUCUGGAGGAGCGCGGCAAGGAGCACCAGGUGCAGCUGUGCUUCUACGAGGUGUACGAGAACCGCGUAUACGACCUGCUCCAGUCCGCCCGCCUGGGCAAGCGGCAGGCGCAGCACCUGCCCAUCCAGGUGCUGGGGGCCAACUGCUGCGUGCCGGGGCUGCUCCGGUGCCACUGCACGGCCGCGGAUGCCGGCCAGCGCCUGUACGCCGCGGCCUCGCGCAUUCGCACGCAGUCCGCCACGCACACCAACAGCGAGUCCAGCCGCUCACACGCUGUGUUCACGAUCCAGCUACUGGAGGUGGAGCAGGGCGCCGUCACGGGCCGCAGUGCCACGCUGUCGCUUGUGGACCUGGCGGGGGCGGAGCGGGCGGGCCGGACCAAGAAUGUGGGCUCCAAACUGCGUGAGAGCGCAAACAUCAACACCUCGCUCAGUGUGCUGGGGCGCUGCCUGGAGGCGCUCAGGCACAACCAGGCGCUGGCGGCGCGCGGCCCGGGCGGCGGCGGGGCGCCGCGCGUCAUUCCCGUGCGCGAGUCCAGCCUCACCUCGCUGUUCAAGGGCGUUCUGACGGGGCAGGGCAACCUGGUGCUGUCGGUGCACCUGAGCCAGCACGGAGACGAGUACGACACCAACCGCCACACGCUGCGCUUCGGGGCGCUGGCGUCGCGCCUGCAGAUGGCGGCGGCGGCGCCCGCAGCAGCGCCGCCGCAGCCGCCGGCGGGCCUGCCGCCGCUGCCUCCUUCCCAACAGCAGCAGCAGCAGUCCACACAGGGUAGAGCCAAGCGCCAGCGGGUGCAGCCCGCCUUUGAGGAGCAGCCGCCCAUUGCGGAGGCGCCGGAGGAGGGCGUGGACGAGGAGCCGGAACCCGACACCCGGCAGCUGAAGGCUGUGGCGCAGGGGGAGGUGGAGGCACGGGCAGCGGCUGCGGUUGAGGCGGAAGCAGGGCCUGAUGUCCAGGGCGGUGGUGUGGAUGUCAACGUGGUGGAGGCACUCCGGGCUCAGGUGCAGCAGCUGCAGCAGCAGCUGGUGGUUGUGGAGGAGACCGCCCGUGCCGCGGCGGUGGCGGAGUGGGAGGAGCUGGUGGCGUCGGGCCGUGAUGAGCUGGAGGAGGCGCGGCAGCGGGCUGAGCAGCUGGAGGAGCAGCUGGCGGCGGCGGCCAAGGAGCUGGCGGCGGCGCAGCGGGAGGCGGCGGCGCUGCGGAGGGAGCUGGCGCAGGAGCGGGCGGCACGACCGUCCCGUGAGGAGGCGUUGGAGGAGCGGAUGGUGGAGCCGCGGGCGGCCGCCGGCGGCUCCCAGGACCCGGUAGCGGGGCAGGCGCGGGCCCCUGCCGCAGGCGCGGAGCAGCACCCGGAGGCAGGCCGGCAUCCGCCUGGUACCGAGGCCCCAGCGCAAGGGGACGACGCACCAGGCACCUCGGGGCGGCGCGCGGAGGAAGAGCGCGCGCCGCUUGCUGCGCUGCCCUCAAGCGGCAACCAGCAGCAGCCACACCAGCCGGCGGGCGGGGCCUCCGCGGGCCGGGCGGGAGCAGCUGGCGGUGGCAGCACCGGGCGGCCGCGCGGCAGCAGCAAGCGGACCGGUGCCGGUGCUGCGGCCGGGGAGGGCGCUCCUGGCAGGGUGGCGCACGCGGCCGAGGGCACGUCAGCCACCGGGACCGCGGAUCCGCCCCAGCAGGGCACUGGGCGGCACGGCCACACCUGCAAGGCAGAAGCGACUGGCCGGCGCAGCAAACGCCGCCGCGCCACUGAGGACUGCGAGGUGGACGAGGAGGCCGCGGGGAAGGCGCACACGACGACGAAGCAGGCGCACACAGCAGGCGCGGAGGAGCUAGGGGCAGACGGUGGGGCAGGCAGGCACGCGGGGCAAGGGCAGGCCGAGCUGGACGGGACGGCAGGCGACGACAUGGCGACGGCCGACGCUGGGAAGACGCCCGUGGCGGGGCGGACGCGGCGGAAACGGCAGGGCGUCCGCAAGCCAUAGCUGUGGGGCUGUAGAGAGUCAGUUUGAUUGGGGUGGCGUGCUUAGGCGCACCAGCAGCCAGUGGCAGUGUAGAGCAAAGCUGGACUGUGGGCUUGCUGCGGGUCCGAUUCACUGCGCGGUCGAGUUGGUGCGCGUGGUGCAGAGCUGUGCCAGGGCAUACAGGCGAUGGCUGCACCAGGUGACACCCGCGUUUGCAAUGAAGUGCUUGACCUGCCCCUGUUCAAUCCACGGA